AUGCCAAAACGUAUAAAUUUCAAUGAAAUUGAUCCAAGUGAAUAUAGUCUUGAAAUUAAAUCUGAGAUUAAUAAAAGAAAGAAGAAAACUUUGAAGAAUUUGAAAAAGACUAUAGUUAGGAAAGGUCCAGUAACUGUCUCUCUCCUGUCUUCAACAAAUGAAUCAAGAUCAUUGGCUCCUAAAAGAGAAGUGACCGUUAUGAAAUCAAAAGAUAAAUGGUUAAAGAGAAGAGCUUUGAAUAGAAAAUAA